UGUAAAUAUACUCAGCCUUGUCCAAAUGUUGUCGCAGACUCCUGUACAAUAGAACAGCAUGCAUACAUUCCCACUUGCUUGACUACAGCUUUUGACUCGUUCCGCUGGCGGAUAUUUCACCUUUCACUGCCUCCAAGAUCCAGUGUUCUGCACCCAUCUGGACCUUGCCCCCUGAAAGGACAGCUGUCGAGAAAUUCCGACAACUUCAACACAACGCAAAUAUGGGAGUUUUGAGACUGCCAUGGGGUCUUACUGGAGCCCUUUUGGCAUCUACCUAUCUACACUCUUUAUGCGCCUCUGCGAGCCCCUCUAUAAAUGUGGGGUUAAAAGCAUCUUUCUCUUCAGCUCCGUACCUGCUUGAAUUGCUAGAAACUGCUGCAGACGAAAAUGCUACCUCCUAUUUCCCCCUUCUUGACCGAAUUGCAGACGGGUAUUUUUCGAAAGCUUCGACCGACCAAGAGCUGUACGACAAAUUCAUACAAGUUCUCAAAGAUGACGGCCACAUGGCAGACCCAGAAACACUGUCAACAUACAAAUUUGCCCUAUCUAUGCACUCCCUAGCACCUCGGAUCGAAGCCCACUAUCAGUAUUACCAUACAGCUGUGGAGCCAUCACUGAAGGGUGAACAAGAUACCUCAUGCCCGGUCUGGGUCCUAUUCAAUGGAAAGCAGUAUUGCUCUCCAACUUUAGACGAGGCACAUGGUGAAAUCAGUGGGGACUCACAAGUGCAAGAGUUACAAUUUGACAGAGUUCUCGGCAAUCAUUCUGCACCUGCCUCGAUUCUAUACGCUGAUAUCACUUCUACCGCCUUUGGAAAAUUCCAUAAAACUUUGGUUAAGACUGCCCGUGAAGGGAAGAGUUCUUACCGAGUUCGACAUAGAAAGUUCAUGACCGCAGAGUCUAGGCCACUUAUUGUUCCUGGAUAUGGUGUUGAACUUGCCCUCAAGAGAACGGACUACAUUGUGAUUGACGAUCGCGAAGAGGAUGAAAGCAAAACCGUUACUGCCACCCCUGAAAAGGAGGUGAAGUUUGAGGACGAAGAAUUGGCAGAUCUCAAGCCACUAUCCUCAUCGGAGCUUUUUGGUCUCGGCUUGAAAGCGUCAAGUUUUAUCAUGCAGAGCGAAAAUCCGUUUGAUACGCUUGUGAAGCUGUCCCAAGACUUUCCUAAGUAUUCGAGUGCUGUAGCCUCCCACAAUGCUUCAGAGGAUUUCGUUGCGGAGCAUGAUUACAACCGAGGUCAACUUGUCCCAGGGGGCUUUAAUAUUUGGUGGAUGAACGGUGUUCAGUUGAUUGAACGUCAAAUUGAGGCAUUAGAAAUGCUUAACAUGCUUCGGAAGGAACGAAAACUCAUCAACGGGGUUCGCGAUCUUGGCUUAUCUGGCCAAGAAGCAAUUCAGUUGCUAUCUCACAACGAAGUGGCAACGGCAAAGGCUGAUAGUGAUGCCCCAAGAUUUGACUGGAGAGAUGAGAUCGAAGGAGGCAAUGUUAUCAUCUGGAUGAACGAUAUUGAGAAGGAUAAGCGCUACGCGGACUGGCCUCGGGUUCUCCAGGCUAUGCUUCAGCGCACAUAUCCCGGCCAGUUACCCCAAAUUCGAAGAGACUGCUUCCAGUUAGUCAUUCCCGUUGACUUCACAGACGCUGAAGAUGUUCUGCUCGUCGCAGAUACACUUUUGAAUUUCGUUAAACGCAAAAUUGCGAUUCGUAUUGGGCUUGUGCCCAUUACAAAGACGAAGGAAUCACUGGAACAAGCGAGGGUGGUAUACCACCUGGCCAAUACCUACGGACUGCAAGCGGCUCUUGUCUAUCUUGAAACUUCAUAUACUUCUAAGAUGGUGACAGGACCGAGUAAGUCAGCCUUCGACACUGCAGUGAAAUCACGGCACGUGCGUCAAGAGAAGGUAGCGGUGCCCAUGGAUGAGAUGCUCAAAUCCGAAGAUUAUCAAGACCAAAUUGAAGCUUCCAAGAAAUGGAUGCGCAGACUUGCCGCCGACAGCAAGAUUCCGCCAGUGUUUGUGGAUGGAGUUGCAGUCCCUCGGGACGAGAAUUGGCUUCAAUUGAUGAGCAACAGAGUCUCCACUGAUCUCCAGUCCAUUCAACAAGGCAUUUUCACAGAUGCAUUCGAGGCGGAUGCGUGGCUUCCUUCAUACUUCCUCCUCCAGGCAUCGCAGAAACGCAACCCGAUAAUCUCUCCUGAAGAUGAGAAGACGCUCAAGAUAUUUAAUGUUAACAAGCUCGCGGGCGAGAACCAAGCUCUUCUGGAUACUUUGCCGCGGAUCCGAGUUGAUGCAUCAGCUAAUAAGACUCUCUGGGCUCAUAUGAUUCUAGUUGCGAAUUUGGAGUCUGAAGUUGGCUCAAAGCUACUUGCGACUGCAGCCGUCUUCUGGGAAGCAAAUCCAUCUGUGGAACUCAUUAUUGUGCACAACCCAGUGUCUAAUACAAUUGACACUGGAUUGAGCAAUGACUUGUUUUCACAUAUGCAGAGUAAUUCAAACAAAGCCUUUGCCAACAUGAACGAUUUGACUGCGAUCCUUGCGGGAGAAAAGACAGCUGAAAGUGCUUUGACCCAACAAGGAGCAAGCCAGUACUGGCAUGGAGCGGAUUCCCUCAUCAGGUCACUAGCUUUGAGGCCUGGCGAAAACGCUGUUCUUCUCAAUGGCCGUUUGGCUGGACCUAUUCCAGCCGAUACCGAGUUCGACCUCUCCGACUUUGAUUCAUUAUUAUCGUAUGAGCGAUCGAAACGUAUUACUCCGGCAUAUAAUGCAAUGGAUUCACUUGGAUUGUCCGACAAGAUUGCGGAUCCUUUAGCAGCAGCAAAGAUUUCUUCGAUCGUGGCAAAGUCCACGAUAUCGGAUACUCCUGAUGGAAUCUUUGAACAGGCAUCAACACUUCGGAUGAGUCAGUUCAAUGUUUGGAACUCUUUUCACACGGUCAUCGAGACUGGUGACAUCUCUACUGCAACCAUUCAGUUCACCAUACUCUUAGAUCCUGCCAGCGAGCAAGGUCAAAGAUGGGUGCCAAUUGUGAAAGUGCUCUCAGAACUUGAUGGAGUGUAUAUGAAGCUCUUCCUCAAUCCUAAAGAAAGACUCCAAGAGUUACCUGUCAAGCGAUUCUACAGAUACGUUCUGGAUUCUAAGCCAACCUUUGAUGAAGCUGGAGCCCUUCUGCCACUCGGAGCUACUUUCACGGGCGUCCCCCAAGAAGCACUACUCACUGUCGGGAUGGAUGUACCUCCAGCUUGGCUUGUUGCACCUAAGGUUUCAGUCCACGAUCUUGACAACAUCAAGCUUAGCUCUAUCAAAACCAACGUUGAGGCUCUCUACGAACUUGAGCACAUCUUGAUUGAAGGCCACUCUCGUGAAAUUCCUGGUGGCAGUGCUCCGCGUGGCGCCCAGCUUGUCCUUGGUACUGAACGAGAUCCGCAUACUGCAGACACUAUUAUCAUGGCCAAUCUGGGUUACUUUCAGUUCAAGGCCAAUCCAGGAUUCUACAAGAUUGAUUUGCAGGAGGGUAGAAGCGCUAAAAUAUUUACCAUUGAGAGCAUUGGCUCACAGGGCUGGAGCCCGGUUCCUGGCGAUGAAAGCACGGAAGUUGUCUUAAUGAGCUUCCAGGGCACUACGUUGUACCCUCGUCUCUCACGAAAACUUGGCAUGGAACUAGAAGAUGUUCUCGAAGCAAAGACCGACUCGCCGAUGGACUUUGUCUCGCAAGGUCUCAAGUUCGCCCAAGGCAUCCUCGGGAAAGGCAAGGCAGAUGUUGCAGCAAAGCAAGAACAAGCCGAGAUCAAUAUUUUCUCUGUUGCCAGCGGACAUCUGUACGAGCGCAUGCUGAACAUCAUGAUGGUCAGUGUCAUGAAGCACACCAAGCACACCGUCAAAUUCUGGUUCAUCGAGCAGUUUCUGUCCCCAUCCUUCAAAGACUUCAUUCCCUACAUGGCCGCAGAAUACGGCUUCCAAUAUGAAAUGGUUACAUAUAAAUGGCCACACUGGCUCCGACACCAGACCGAAAAGCAGCGCGAGAUAUGGGGUUACAAGAUCCUCUUUCUCGACGUUCUCUUCCCCCUUUCUCUCGAUAAAGUCAUCUUCGUCGACGCCGACCAGAUUGUUCGAACAGAUAUGAUCGAACUCGUGAACCAUGAUCUUAAAGGUGCUCCCUACGGCUUCACACCCAUGUGCGACAGCAGGACUGAGAUGGAAGGCUUCCGCUUCUGGAAGCAAGGAUAUUGGGAGAAGUUCCUUCGCGGGUUGCCGUACCAUAUCUCCGCCCUCUACGUCGUGGAUCUCCACCGCUUCCGCCAGAUUGCAGCAGGCGACCGACUUCGUCAACAAUACCACCAGCUCUCCGCUGACCCUCAAAGUCUGUCUAACCUGGAUCAAGAUCUUCCAAAUCACAUGCAAAGCGUACUUCCCAUCCACAGCCUCCCGCAAGAAUGGCUCUGGUGCGAAACCUGGUGUAGUGACGAAGCGCUCGCUGACGCCAAAACAAUUGAUCUGUGCAACAAUCCUCAAACCAAGGAGCCGAAAUUGGAUCGAGCCAGGAGACAAGUUCCCGAAUGGACGGUGUACGAUGACGAGAUUGCGGCUGUGGAUCGAAGACGGAAGGGCUUGCCUGCAAAUGGAAACGGAGAAAAGAAUAUGAAGAGUCGCACAUUGGAGGAUAUCGUUAGUACGGCGGCGACGAGCGAGGUGCCGGGGGAGACGAAGAGUAAGAAGGAUGAGCUUUAGAUUUGUAUGUAGAUAGAAGGAGUUUUGGAUUGUAAUGAACGUAGAUUGUAUGUGUACAAUGGCUUGAACAUUUACUGUGCGUCGUACCCCUGAGUAGCAUAUCAACUAAGUGUACCUUCCUCCUAGG